AUGUCAUACCAACGAAGAAUCAUGAAGGAGCUGGAACGGCUAAAAACCGCUCCCCCAAACUCACACAUCACACUGGUUGAAGCCAAUGACCUGGAAACAUGGCAGAUAGAUUUGGAGGUGAACAAUGACAACCCGCUGUACACUGGCAAAACGUUCCGACUCCAAUUCAUCAUUGGUCCCAAUUAUCCGGUGGAAAGCCCCCAGGUGCAAUUCAUGCCACUGCCAGCUCGACCCAUCCCCAUCCACCCUCACAUCUACAGUAAUGGUCACAUUUGCCUGGACAUUUUGGGCGACGAAUGGACACCGGUCCAGACGGUGGCGUCGGUGUGCAUUUCCCUACAGUCCAUGCUAGGAAGUAACGACAGAGACGAACGACCUCCGGAUGACGAACGAUACAUCAAGCAUGCCCCCAAGAACCCCAAACAGACUCGUUUCGUUUAUCAUGAUGACACCGUCUAA